CGUCGGCAUGUCCGGCUGGUCUGGCGAUCGCGAUGCAGACGCGGAAUUCGCUCGCAAGCGCCGGGAAAUAAACCGCGAUGCGGCCGCCUACGGCUCGUUCUUUUCCCUGGGCGGGGCGGAUUCCGACUCGGAUGAGGAGUCGGCCGCCUUCGUCGGCUUCGAGGGGGCCCGUCAGGGUGGCGGCCGGACUUCCAAAUCACCCGGUCUCGGCCUCCAGUCUGGCUCGGGCCCGACCCUGGACGGAUCGAUGAUGAUGUUCGUGUCGGCCGGCAUCGUUGGCGGCCAGAAGCCCGAGGCCGCCGCCGACACCAACAACACCGAGCAGAUUGCCCUGUCGGAUGAGGACUCUGACGGCACGUCGUCCUCGGCGCCGGCCGCCGCUGCCGCUGCCACCCCGGCCACCGGCCGAUCGGAGUACUCCUCGAGCAUGGGUCGCCGGAAGCCCACGCGGCCGGCCGUCCAGCAGCCGCUGUCGCGGGAUUUCGCCUCCUUCGAGCGCCACACCAAGGGCAUCGGCAUGAAGCUCCUUUUGCAGAUGGGCUUCCAGCCGGGUCGCGGCCUGGGCAAGCAUGGCCAAGGUCUGGUUGAGCCGAUCAAGGCGGUCGUGCGCGACCCGCAGGCUGGCCUCACGAUUGACGGCGGGGAGGGGCCCGGCUCGCGGGGACAGCGCACGCGGCGCGGUCGGAGCGCCAGUCGACGCGGGGCCGCGGCCUCUUCCUCCUCCUCCGGCAGCGAGAGCGACAGCGAAAGCGGGGCCGCCUCCUUGUCCGGAUCCGAUGAGUCGGACAUGUCGGAUGUGGAGGACGCUCCCCGGGGCCCGGCGCGGCCGCGGCCCCCGAAGCUGGUCUUCCGCACGUUGGAGGAGAUUCGCGCGGCCGAGGCGCCUGCCCUCUCGGUGGAGGAGGUCCUCCGAGCGGGGCCCGGCUCGGCGGCCGCCCUGGCUGGCGACCUGCCGGACGGGCACACGCGCUACCAUGCCGGCAUGGCCUUCCCGGAAAUCCGCCACAAUGUGGCCCUCCUCGUCGAGCACGACUAUGAGAGCCUGCAAGAGGCCACCGACCACCUGGAGCGUGCCAGGGCCGGGGCCUUGCGCGGGCGUCGUGUGGCCACCCAAUGUCAAGCGCAGCGCGAGCGCCUGGCCCGUCGAGCAUCGGCCCUGCAACGCCUCGCCGACCAUGUGGCCCGGCUGGCCACGGCGGUCGGGCACUUCCACCGGGACUUUGUGGAGUUGCUGCGCCACUGGCCGGACCAGUCGGCCGAGGGGCUGGCCGGGGCGUUACCCGUGCUCGGCGGAGAUCCAACAUCGCCGCCUGGACUGGCACUUUCCUACCCGCCGGAGGCUGGCUUCCCGGCGGCACCGGCAUCAGCCCUGGAGCAGCUUCUCUUUUUCUGCCAAUCCCUGGACCGAGUGUUCGGGGUGACAAGCGGCGCCCCCUCGCCGACACAGCCCGGCAAGCAGGCGGCCCUCUUGCGAGCUCUCCUCAUGCGGUAUGGGCUGCCGGUGGAUGCCCGGUCGCUGGCUGGCCUGGCCGACCCGGUGGCCUUCGUGGCCGAACUCUUCGGCCGAUACCUGGUCGAGGAGGUGGCCGAGCUGGAUCGCCUGGCCGAGGCGGCCCAGGUGCUUGACGAGCACCCGGUGGCCGGCGGCCUCUCGGAGAUCACGGCCGAACUGGCAGCCGCCGCGGCACUCCCCUACUUUGCCCAGCGCAUGGCCGCCGGUGCCGAGGGGUGGGCCCUGCCGCUGGUGGACUCACACCGGGACCAUGCCGCGCUGGCCACCUGGCGGCCGCUGCUCCGGCAGCCGGUCCCAUCGUCCGGGGCGUCGGCCUCGACUGGGGCCCUGCCUGCCAUGCGCACUGCCGGGCCUCCUGGCUCCUACUUCGACUUGAUUGUCUGGGAGCACUGGCUGCCGACCGUCCGAUCGGCCAUCAUUAAUGAGUGGAACCCCACAUGCACGGUGUCGACGAAGCUCAUGUCGGACUUCAUCGAGGUUUGGUGCUCCUCGCAGCCGGACCUCCUUCCGCCGACGUUGCAGGUUCACCUGCUGACGCGCCUGGUUUUGCCACGCGUGGAGGAGGCCUGCCGGUCGUGGCGCCCGGGCUCGGCGCUCAACCGUCCUGGCGGCCCGAUGGCCGGGGCAGCGGCCAGCCAUGCCGGCAUGGCGCACGUCCUGCGAUCUCUGACGGGUCGGGAUCGCUUCGCCGGGCUGUCACCCGGGCGCCAGGCCGAGGUGUUUGACUUGCUUGAGCGCCGAGACGCGCUUCCCGAGUUGGGGGCCGCGUCCACCGGCUGGGUGGCCCUCUGGGGCCCGGUGUUCGGGGCGGAAUUGUUCGCCUCGGUGGAGGCCAUCCGCCGGCGGGUGAUCGAUCUGCUCGCCGGGCCGGGAGCCGCAAGUGUGCCGCUGACAGAUUGGCGCACCUUCGCCGCGCUGCUUGUGGCCCAGUGGGGGCAUUUGCUGCCGCUGGGCCCGGCCGAGCGCGGUCCCACUGGCGAGGCCAUCUUGCGUGUGGCCCCGGCCGACCCGGCCUGCACGCUUGUGUCGCCUGAUCACGCCCGGCAGCUGGCCCUGGCCAGCGUGUAUCCGAAGCUGGCACACUUGGCCGGCGUGGGCCCCGGGUCGGCAUCUCCCCCGGCCGCCUUCCAUCACAUCAAACGCCUGGUUAUCGAUCCAUCCGGCCAGAAUACCGGUCCCCUCCGGAUUCUGAUUGCCUUUGGCACGGUCCUCCCCGCAACGGCGUACCUGCGUCUCUGGACCCACGGUGUUCUCCCCCAGUGGAUGACCGUGCUCGAUGAGUGGCUGGCACAUGUGGCGACCGAGGCCGCUCGUGAGGACGGCCUCGCAGCUGCGCGCGCUCUCUUCCGGCAAAUUCUCCAAUGGGUUGCCGCCUGGCGUGGGGCCCUUCCCGCAGCACUGGUGUCCACCCCGGCCCUGGUUGAGCACUUUGUCCAAGCCUAUGAUAAGAUCGAAGCCAGCAUGCAAGUGAUCGGUCUGUGAGUGCAUACGUACUCUGUCCCUCUUCUUUUCUCGCGUGCUCGCGCACACAUCCUCCCUCUCUCUUCCCGUUCGCGGAGGUAAGUCUCGCCAGGGACGCAAUACAAACAUAGACACUCCAA